AAAAAAAAGGCAAACUAUUGAGGUUUCAUUGUUGAGCUAGCCAUUUCCCGAUAUGGAUCCAGUUGCUGCUACUUUAGCCGCUGCAUUCAUCGGUGCAGUGCCGGUGGCUGCUGCUUUGAUUUACAAACUGGGGAGAGAUGCAUCAACCCCUAUUAUCCGAAAAGGCUCUUCCAUAAAGAACCUUCAUCAUAACUAUGAAGUGCUGGACAAGGAAUUACAGAAACUCCUUGCUCUUGCAACUGAUAUUGAUCACGGCCGUGUCAAUAGUAAGGAAAUAAAAAACACUGGCACUUAUAAGCUAUGGAUAACAAGGGUAUGGGAGAUUCAAGCAGAGGUGGAAGCUUUGGUUAAUGAGUAUGAAAGGAUUAAAGAGAAGUUUAGAAGGGAAAUUAAUGGUAUUGCUAAAGGAAAACUUAGCAAAAAAAUGGUGAACAAGCACCAGGAAGUUAGGCAACAUAUAGAAGAAGGAAAGUUUCUUAUUGCAAACUUGUGAAGGAGAUGAACAGUUGAAGAAGCUUGCUGGUUCUUUUGUAAUUAAGUUGAUAAAAUAAGGUUCUUUAUGGAAUCAUUUG